AUGAGGACAAACCAAGGCUCGAGCAAUGACUUGCUAUAUCGCUCAAACCAAACAAGAAGGGAUACAGAUCCAUAUGCACCCAAUUCUCCAAAUGCUUUGAAAGAACAAACUGGUUAUGUAAUACGGGAAAAAUAUAAUAAAUUAAAGGAUCUCAAUUCGAAAUUGAAGGCAGCUCUGAGAGAUUAUAUGCAGGAAGGCAAAGAUUAAGAGAAGAUAUUAUAGUUGAAAGAUGAAAUCAUAUAAAAAUAUGAGAGGGAACGAUCAGAUUGGCAACAUAAAGGCAAUGAAGAUUUGAAAUCCCAAUUAAACCAACUUAAAAUCAAGGUUCAGAAGAAGAAAACAAAAAUGAGGUUAUUGAAAGAUCAAUCUAAAGUAUUUGAUGCUAAGUUGGAUGAAUAAAAAGCUUAAUUCCAAGUUGAAUUGGACAGAGUACAACGACUCUAUGAUGCAUUAACUACAGAAAUCAAGGAUCAGGAGAAAAGAUAUAUAUUAUUGAAAGAAGAAAAUAAUGUUAUUAAAUAAGAUGCUGUAGUUAAAGAAGAACAAUCUCGAUAUCUAGAAAUUGAAUUAAAAGAGGAUAAAUAAUAGAUCUAGAUUUUAGAAUAAAAGAUAAAUGAACAAUUUGAAGAAAAUAGAAUUUUAUAAUUAAAAAUCGAUAAUUUAAAUAAUAAGAACUAAGAUUUAGAAAAAUUGAUAAAAGUUAAUGAAGCUCAUCAUUAAUAAGAAUUAAAUAAAUUUUAAUCUGAUAAACUCUCAUAACAACAAGAAUUAAAUUCACAAAUUAAUAAGAAAAAAGAUAAGAUCAAAGUAAUGAGCAAUCAAAUUUAGUAAUUAGAAAAUACAGUUAAUUAAAAAUAAUAGCAAGAAUUCAAAUUAAAUAAUUUAGUUUAAGAAAAACAAAAAGAUUAUCUAAAAUUAUAAGCACAACUAGAGGAUUAUAAAAAUAAAACUGAUUUAGUAUCUAAGGAAGCUAAUUAUUACCUUUCGGAUAUUAAAUAUUUAAAGUCUGAAUUGGAAUAAUAAAAGUCUUUAGUGAAAACGAAUGAAGAUAAAUUAGCUUAGUAUGAUAAGCAACAUCAAAUAGAUCAAGAAGAGAAAACCUAAAUUUUGUAAGAUUUAGAAUAAUUGAAAUAAGACAAUAGAAGAAUCUAAUAGUUAUUGUAUGAAUCUGAUAAUGAUAUUUCUUAUCUUAAUUAAUAACAUUUAGAAAAACAAAGAUCAAUAGAAAAGACAGUAGAGUAUUUGCAAAAUCAAUUAAAGUAUUCAUAGGAAAACUUGGCUGAAUCUAAAAGACUUCUUUUGGAAAUGCAAAAGUAAUAAGCUACGAAUGAGGAGUAGAUAGAGUUCUAUAAAAAUAAAUAUCAAAAAGCAAAAUAAAAUCAGAAAACAUUAAAGAAUGAGUAAAGAUGUUUAGAAGAAAGGAUGAAAAUGAUUGAGUUUGAAAGAAUUCAAGAUGAGAGAGAUGCUCUUAAGAAUAAAGAUCAUAUUAUUUAAUAGAAAUAGGUUUAAUAGAGUAAGAUUAGAGUGCUGGAUGACAUUUAAAAUAUGAUAAAACUACAUAAAAGGACUAAUUUCUGA